AUGGAUGUCAUCUCUUCUUCCAAAACCACCAACACCACUCCACCAUCAUUCCAAAUUGUUACUAUUCACAGUGACAAUGCUCCGUUCCCGACUAGCAUCACCUUGACUAAAACCAAUUAUGCCUUAUGGUCUCAAGUCAUGGACAUGUGUAUUGCUGCCCGUGAAAAAUUGGGGUACCUCACUGGUGACGCCCCGCAACCUUCUAAGCUCUCCUCCACCUACAUCAAAUGGUGUACGGAGAACUUUCGGGUCAAGGGGUGGCUCAUAGACUCCAUGUCACUCGACUUGAUGAGUUGUUUCAUCCAUUUAAGUACCGCCAAAGAAAUCUAG